UUUUGUGACUUUGGGUGUUUUUGCGGCUUUGGGAUGUGAAGUUCGGCUCUGUACGUCACUUCGGGUCUUUUCUGGGCUUCGGGACUUCAGAGGUUCAGGAAGAGGAGGCACGUCUUCGGCGGCUCGGCACUGCCAAGGGGGGUCCGGCUAUUUCAAAAACAGCAGCACAGCCGGGCCCCACUUUAGGCCCGGGCCCGGUACAGUUGUUCCCCCUGUGCCCCCCUGAUGGUGGCCCUGGUGGCAACAGAUCAGUCGCUGAAAGUGAGAAAUAUUAUUAUAUCCUGUGGGGCAGCAGUGGAUCUGUCAGGGUCUGGGCAGCUUUAGGCCAAAGUCACAUGGGACAUACGCUUCCUUCAACUUGCGUCUUGUAGGCAGACAAAGAGCAACAAAUCUUCUCUCACCACAGUUCAAUGUAGCUGCACAGAGCAGAGAUCAAACCGAACAUGCACGCCUUUGCCUUUUUUUUUUUUUUCAGGCAAAUCUCCAUCCAACGCUGUGCCUACCAGGACUGCCAAUGAGAGCGGAUCCGCUUCUUUCUGCCUACAAAACAUUCCAUAAAUCAGAGGAACAAUUUGAAGCCUGAAUUACUCAUCAGAAAAGGGUUUAUUUAUACUGCCACUAGACUCCAACAUUGGGCCAGGCUGUUCGGUUGUGUUGCUGAUUUGGAGAUGGAGCAGAAAUUGGCUGAAUUCAGAGCAAGGAGAGCAAAAGUUACACCAGAGACAAACACUAGAGGGCACUGUGAGACAAGGAGUUCAGAGGAUAAAGUGGGGAGAGUCCAAGCACAUACACAGGCUGCAUUUAGGAAACUUCAGGGAUUGUAUGAGAGAUGGAAACCUAAAUGGAGACUCAGGACCCCAGAAGCACAGCCAGACAAUACUACGAUACAGGCACCCCAUGAGGGGACAAGUAGCCGAGCAAGUGAUACCCCUGAGUACUAUACAGAGCCGUCCUCAUAUUCCCUAUGGACAGUCACUUUGCUGCUGAAGUUCCUAUUGUGGCUGGUGCUGCUUGGCCUUUUUGUUGAACUGGAAUUUGGCCUGGCCUACUUCGUCCUCUCCAUGUUUUAUUGGCUGUACGAAGGCACUCGGGGGCCGGGGGCCAGAAGGAAAGGGGAGAAAAGUGCAUAUUCUGUGUUCAACCCGGGGUGUGAAGCAAUAGAGGGAACACUGACGGCUGAGCAGUUUGAGAGGGAACUGCAGUACCGACCUAUGGCUGGAUUGUAGCCGGCAGAAUUUGACUUGAGUUAAAGGAAAUACAAACCCUCAAUACAAAUUAAUUUAAAAUUGCUCAGAGCUCCCUUAUGCCAUAUUUAUUUUUCUAGGUUUCGAUAUCUUAGCACUUUAUAAACUGAUAUUAUAAUACAUUAGCAUCACAUGCUUGUCAUUUCGGUUGCGUGGCUACAGUCAAAAUGACAUUUGGAGGAAAAAGAGACGUCUUGUGAUGUCGCUUAGCUUUGAACGGACCAGAGGAACUGCGGAUGACUCUUCUCUGCUCAGUCACUACACUUCUAAGCAGAGCAACAUCACCAAGACCUUUCUUUCUUCUCAAUCUUCAGAAAUGACCAACAGGUGGCGCUGUUGUUUCAAAUGGACUGUACUAGCCGUUUAAUAUCUUGAAGUCUAGAAAUAAAUCCCAAACUGCUUUGAGUCACACGUGCAUGUAAGAGCUCUUUGGCAGGAGCAGCUCCAAUAAAUUUGGCCCGUGAUUUUGUUUUUUACUUGAUCCCAACUUCGCCAGAGCAUCUGUAUGUCUGGUAUUAGAGAGCCAAUCAGACUGCACCACUGGGACCACUGGGGUGGUGCAGUCUGAUUGGCUCCUCUAAAAAAACAACUAUGUUUUCACUUUUUUAGAGAGCCAAUUAGACUGCACCACAGACUGAUGCUUCAAAUAUUCAUCCAUAGUACAAUUGUGACUGACAAGUGAAUCUGGACCUCAUCUAAAAAUUAAAUGCUCAGUAAGGCGACAAAUGUCUUGUUAAAGUUAUUGCCACUUUUUAUUACACUAUUUUCUAUUCAGACCCACUCCUAUUUAUAUUCUAGUCUCUUGUUUCAAUCAACACAUCGUGGCUAGGACAAAACUCUAAAUCACUCAAAAACCACAAAUAAUACCAAAGGGUAACCAAUUGCAAAUUGUCUCAAAAAAUUUACAUCAUAUUAAAAUUAAAUUUAAAGGUACACAACCCCUUUAAGUGCAAUGUUGUCCACUUGGAUCUAAAUAAUAAAAAUGUGAGUUAUACAGUAAAUAGGAGUGUGUUGGGGGUAUCUUUAAAAUAAACCUUAAAAAUAACUGAUGUAAAAUUGAUGAGGAUGCCUAUGAUUAAGGGAAUGCUUUCCCGAAACGUGUAAGGCGAUAUUGUUACCUAUGAUACAUUAAACCUCUUUACAUUUAUCCGGAAUGCUGCCUGAGCUACUUCUUUGGAUCUAUCACAGUCGGAACGCUGGUGGCUGAGCACACGGAGCUCACAGAGCUAAUUGGAGAGACUGAUGCGGUAGGGUGAGUCUUGAGCGGUCACAAUUUCCAAGAUAUUAAAGGGUAAAUGUACUGUUAAUAUGAAUGAAUUUUGUUACAACAGCUCCACAUGCUGAUCAUUAUACAACCAGUCCGAGCACCAAGUAAUCAAGGAAGUUGUCAGGAGAAAGAACGAGGACUGGUCUGUUGUUCUUCUGGUUAGGAAAAAAAUUAGAAACCUUUCUUAAAUCUUUCCAUUUUCCGACCAGUCUGCUAAAUAUGUGAGAAAGGUUUCUGAAUUUUUUUUUUCUAACCAGAAGAACAACAGACCAGUCCUCGUUCUUUCUCCUAAGAACCUUGACUACUUGGUGGUCAGAAAAUGACCAGCAGGUGGUGCUGUUGUAAGACAAUACAUUCAUGUUAACAAUACAUGUAGCCUUUAAUAUCUUGGAACUAAACAAAUUUAAAUAAUGAAUGUACAUUGCAAAAGUGCUUUGAAUCAAUUUUACAUUCACUUAUUUUUAAGGUUUACUUAUCCUUUAAUUGAGAAGGAUCUGGGAAUUUGCAGUGUCAUUCUGUGACUAUUGAAGCAAAUAAAGUGAUGAAAAAUAAAAUUUUUGGAUGAAAAUAUAAUUUUGCCUUUAUAGGUAUGGCCUUGUUUUGAGUAUGGGGGGGACAGUUUUAGGCUCCGGUCAUUAAUAAGGAUAUAAAUGAGCU